GGAAAACUACCGUAAAUUUAUUAAUGGACCAGGAUCUGUCAUAUUUUUGUAAACAAUUUUAAAAUUAAUGAUAUAGGCACUAAAAACUAAGAAACAAUUAAAGAAUGAUUGACUUAAUUUUUACUAUCUAGAUUUUCUUUUAAAAAAAUGUUAUCGGUUGACAAAUAGAAGUUAAAAACCGGUUACCCGGUGUUUUUUUUUUGGUUAUGAAACUUAAUAUUUUUGGUGAAGAUCGUAAAGAUUUAAUUUGUAAUCAAAUUUCUUAUUACUUUGGAAAAAUUGGAUGAUAGUUGCGGGAAUAAAUGACCAGUGAAAUCGUGUAUAAUUUUUUUUUUAUUUUUCUCUAUCAAUACGAUAACGAAUGGAGAUAAAAUGAUUUCAACAAAAGUUGUUGUUCUUUAGAGAAUUGGGAAUUUUUAUAUUACUUUUUGAAAUACUUACCAGCAACAUGAAGAAAUUGUGUAUUUUUGUCACUUUGACUACUUGUUUUUUUAUCGCAAAUUAUGCUGAGAUUAUUAGUGAACAAAUUGCUCCGGAAAAUAGUAUUAUUUGGGGACCAGGUUUGAAACCUGAGGAGAUUGUGAUGAAAGUAAGAUAUAUUUUUUUACAACUGCAGGACGGUAGUGGAAAAAAUCUUACAACAUCUCCUGGUCAAGGAAUAAUUUUACAUCAAAUAAAAGGAAAAACUAUAAAAGGCGAUUUGUGUCCAAUACGAACUCAAAUAAUUGAUUGUAUGGAUGGGAGUUUUAUUAUUCGUUAUAGAAUUUUUAAAACUUGUUUUAAUUUAAAGUUGUCUGUUAAAGUGCAAAAUACUGAAGUGAUUAAAGUGCCAUCUGAAUUUAAAGGUCCCGUUUUUGAAGAAGAAUGUGAUUGUCCAAAAUCGUCCAUAACAGAAUUCUUGGAGAACAACGAAUGUGAUAAAAAUAAUUCUCAACUAUUUGAAAAUCUCAAACAAUUUCCGUCUGUUAAUUUUGAUGAAAUAAGAGACGAUAUUAUUAAACGAUACGAUAGACCACAAAGCGUUAGUCUUUGUCAUUACGUUGUAAAAUCGAAUAAGAUUUAUAGAAAUUGCUAUGGACAACAUGUGGGUUUUAAAAUGUUUAUGGACUCGGUUUUAAAAGCAUUCACACGAAGAGUUUUAUUACCGGAUAUUGAAUUUUUCAUGAAUUUGGGCGACUGGCCACUUGUCAAGAAAAAGGAGAAAAUUUUUCCCAUAUUUUCAUGGUGUGGCUCCAAGGACACGGACGAUAUUAUUCUUCCCACUUAUGAUAUCACAGAAUCUUCAUUGGAAGCUAUGGACAGGGUGACAAUGGAUAUGUUAUCAGUGCAAGGAAGCACGAAACUUUCAUGGGACGAAAAAGUGGAAAAAGCCUUUUGGAGAGGUCGUGAUUCUCGUAGAGAAAGACUUGAUUUGAUUGACAUUGCAAGAGAGAAUCCAGAUUUCAUCAAUGCGUCGAUAACGAAUUUCUUUUUCUUCAGAGACGAAAUGGAUAAAUACGGACCCGGUCAGAAACCAAUUUCAAUGUUUAACUUCUUCGAGUACAAAUACCAAAUUAGUAUCGACGGAACAGUAGCAGCUUAUCGUCUUCCUUAUUUACUGGCUGGUGGAUCAGUCGUUUUUAAACAAGACUCAAAUUACUUUGAAUAUUUUUACGAUAAAUUAACGCCCGGCGAGCAUUUUAUUCCAGUAAAGGCAAAUUUGUCCGAUCUUGUGAAAAAAAUUCAAUGGGCUCGCGAGAAUGAUAAAGAGGCGAGAAUUAUUUCCAAAAAUUCUCGUCAAUUCGUACGCGAUAAUUUAAUGCCCAAGGAUAUAAUUUGCUAUCACAUGGCUCUCUUUACGGAGUGGAAUAAGCGUUUGAAGAAUGAAAUAAAAGUAUUGCCGAAUAUGGAAGAAGUCCCACAAAAUCCCUAUUCUUGUGAUUGUAGCACAAAAGAAUCAUUUCAUAAAACUGAACUAUGAUCUCAUGUAUUAUUAUUUUUAUGAAAAUAAUUUUUUAAUUAAACGAGAGAAUCUACUGCACCGAAAUGAAGUACAAGAAAUUGCAUUUUCAAUUUUAUGUACCUCAAAAGAUAAGGAGCUGCGAUUAUAAAAAAAGUAAGUUUCAAAAAAAUAGUGAACUUUCGAGUUAUAUUAUCUUAUAACCUUUAUUAUUAAAUACGUAAUCUCGCAUUACAAUCAACAAAUAAUUUGAAUUUUCGUGGCGAAAGUAAUAGUUUCGCUUUAUAAACAUAAAUAAUUAUGUAACUGUUUUUU